AUGUCAAGCGAUUUCUUCCUCGACAGCCCGGUUCCGCCGAAGCUGGACUUGGCCGGUGCAAGAUCUCGCUUUUACUACUCACCACCGCCAGCCUCAGCGGCAUCCUCGCUGUCGUUGUGUCGCACCCUCUCAUCGCCGCUCAUGAGCAGUUGCAAGCGUGCUCGCUAUGGAUAUGGCGGGCUCGACGGGAGGAUGGUUGGCCUGGACGACCGGGUUAUCUGGGAUCACCCGUCUCCUGUCUCGCGGAUCGCCAGCCCUGUGCCUCUGGCCAACACCGAAUAUCUACUGGCAGAGGGAGGUCUGGAUACAGGGCUGCUGACGUCGGCCAGGGAGUCGAUAUUGGGAUUCUCGUCACAGCGUGAUGGCGAUAAUGAAGAAACCGAACUUGAUUAUCGUCCCACGAGAUAUCGAAAGCCUAGUCGGACAAUGGCGGACGUACCGGUUACGCCGUCAAAUGUUGAAGGAACAAAAAGGAAACGGGACUCUCCGGCUCCGCAGGACGACGGCGUCAGUGUGAAGAGUACUCCAGGCUGGGGUGAGGCAGUCCUCAACCUCGUUGGAGGCGUUGCUGGGAAAGUGUGGAAUUUCUGCUUGUCCGCUCCGUUCCGAGGGUUUCACGCCGGCGGAGGCAGGGGGUACGAUAUGGACAGUUCCACAGCAACGGUGCAACCGAGCCAGAAAAGGGACAGACUUACUCCAUCACAGAAGAGACGGUCAAGCCGUUUGAUGGAUGAUGUACCAGUUCCCGGCCGUUACCCGGUAGACGACCAUUGUCAGAUCGACAAGCCACGCCGUGAAUCCAUACACAACAACUGGGUUCUGGUCAAGGAAGACGAGGAUUCCCAGGAAAGCAGCCCAUCUUCCUGCAACUCUAGGAAGCAUUCUCGCAGGAACAGCGUUGUUCACCAUGUGCCUGCUCGCCGCUCUGUUGCUAGAUUACAGCCUAAACGGCCCAUGACUCCUAUUACGCCAACACGUUCCACGAACAUCUCUCCGCAGAUCUACUCUUCUUCGUCUACUCCAUCCAUCUACAAGACACCACCGAAGCACACUACUGUGGCAAACCCUGACGACAGCCCGCUCUCUCGAGAGACACAGAGACAUGCCGCCAAAUUGAGACGUAAGGAGCGUGAAGAAGAUGCCAGUAUACGCAGGCUGAAUCACCAACUGAAGGCCAUGAUUAGAGAAGGGAGACAGGCGUUGGGGACACGGAUCGAGGUUGACGAAAUGGACCUGGAUGAAUGGGAUUAA